CGGGUACCGGCGCCCGGAAGGUCAGCGUGUGAAGGAGGCGGUGGUAACGCGGGUCCCCCGCUGGUACUGAGAAGCAACGGCCAAAUCCACGACCUCGGCCUGAGGCAGCGGCGGGAAGCAGACAGUUUGCUACGACAUCAUGGAAGGCGGCGGGGGCAGCGGCAACAAAACUACAGGAGGUUUGGCUGGGUUUUUUGGAGCUGGCGGAGCAGGUUACUCGCACGCGGAUUUGGCUGGCGUCCCAUUAACUGGUAUGAACCCUCUGUCUCCUUAUUUAAAUGUGGAUCCACGAUAUCUCGUGCAGGACACAGAUGAGUUUAUUUUACCAACUGGAGCUAAUAAAACCCGGGGCAGAUUUGAACUGGCCUUCUUUACCAUUGGAGGAUGUUGCAUGACAGGGGCUGCAUUUGGGGCAGUGAAUGGUCUUCGGCUAGGAUUGAAGGAAACUCAGAACAUGGCCUGGUCCAAACCAAGAAAUGUACAGAUUUUGAAUAUGGUGACGAGGCAAGGGGCACUUUGGGCUAAUACUCUAGGUUCUCGCUUGCUCUAUAGUGCAUUUGGUGUUAUCAUCGAGAAAACACGAGGUGCAGAAGAUGACCUCAACACGGUAGCAGCUGGAACCAUGACAGACAUGUUGUAUAAAUGUACAGGUGGUCUCCGAGGGGUAGCACGAGGUGGUCUGGCACUAUAUAAUAACUGGAAGCACAUGAAAGGCUCCUUCCUCCAACAGUCACUCUGAAGAUUUUGCCAGCUCAUAGAGGACACUUCAGUAGUCAUCCAGAUCAAUUUA